AAUGUCGUCGACCACAGAAGCUCUGGCUCCGAUGAUGAUCUUGGCGCUCGCCGCUGUGCUGCUGGCCACCGCUGCACGUCAGCCGUCGCCGGUUAUGUCCACGACCACCACCAACCUGACCCUCCACAACCUGUGCCCGUACCCGGUGUGGCCGCUGGUGACCGCCAACGCGGGCAAUCCGUCCAUCCCCACCGACGCCGACGGCGAGCCGGCGGGGCGGCUGGACGGCAACGGCGAGGGCCUGGCGACGCUAGCGUUCCCGCCGGGCGCGUGGUCGGGCCGCGUGGUGGCGCGGACGGGCUGCACUGGCGGGGACGACAACGACGAGGCGGACGCGUACGACCCGCUGCUUCCGACCCCUCCUCUCCGUUGCACGACUGGCGACGCGCCGCCGGUGACGGUGGCGCAGGUGAGCGUGGGCGGGACGGGCGGGGCCGCGGCGUACAGCGUGAGCCUGGUGGACGGCUUCAACGUGGCGGUCGUGGUGACGCCGCACGGGAUGCCACCAGAGGGCACCGGGCCACGCCGGCGGUGCCCCACGCUGGGGUGCGCCGUGGACCUCGGCGCCGAGUGCCCCCGCGCGCCCGCGCGCCCGGAGGAGGGUGCGGCGCCGGCGCGACCGAGGCGGCGUUGUUCAAGCACCUGUGCCCCGACACGCGGACCAACGCCACUGACAUCGAGGACACGCCCCAGGACUGCGUCGACCCCGGCGAGAUCAAGGUCGUCUUCUGCCCCAAGCCCGGCAGCGUGUCCCGCCAGCUCUAGGCUCUAGCUAGCGUUCGUCCGCAUGCACCAUGCAUCCAUCCUUCGGUCACAGAAUAAGAGCUGUAACCAAUCAGUCGUGUCAGCUACUGUAGCAGUAGUAUUAGCUUGGUAGUAUCGUGUCCCUUGGCACGCACGAAGAUGAUUCGCAAUGCAACAGAGAGCAGGAGACCGAGUUGUUUAGCUC